AUGGCGCUCAAUCGCAAAUACGCAGCUCUCCCCGACCUCGAUUCCGCCCCGGACAUAUACGAGACCCCUGACCUCACGGAUGACAAUUCCACUGUGCCUUCAGACGACGAGUUCUUCCAGCCCGAUGACGAUGACACACCAGGCAUCUCACGCUCAAGGUUGCGAAUUAAUGAGGCUCGAUCUCGCUUCCUCCCUACUAAUGUUGACGCCAACGAUGCCGAUUUCUCUGACCGCGUCGACGGCAAGCGGAAAUCCUACAAGACGUCCAGCCGACGACAAAGAAUACUUAAAGACGGCACGAAAGAGCUUGGCGACCUGUCCGACGACGAUGACGACGAAAGUCUGGAGAGGAAGAUAGCCCGUCUGCGUCGGGAAGUGGAGGAGGCCAAGGAGGAAUACACCAAGCGUAAAGCGCAAGCAGCAACGACCGGCGAUGCUGCGCCCAGCGAUGAGAGGUUGGAAUCCCUCAGCGAGGUUCUGGAUUCCAUAUUGAAGCCCCUGGGAGGCAGGGCUGAGGCAAAAAUUGCGAAGCCUUCGUUUUCGUCCACGACCGCCAAGUUUGACGAGCCGGCAGGUGGCCCUACCUAUACGGUUACGUACGCCCCAACUUAUGAGGAGUCUCACUCGUUGGCGAAAGCGGCGGAUUUUGAUCGACGACUUUUGAUGCUGGAAAAGGCACUAGGAAUCAACUCGUCUUCGGUGCCCGAAGCCGGCCAAGAUGGUCUGCCACGCGCCGUUCUUCCGACGCUGGAUUCAAUAGAGAAACAAGUGACGACGCUAUCGCAGGCGUCAACGGCCAACCUAGACGCCAUCAGCAGACGUGUGCGGGCACUGGCCUCUGAACAGGACAAGCUGAACGAUGCCCGGGAAAAGGCAAAGGCCCUCGGAGGAGAGGAAGCUGGUAAACACCCAUCGGACGAAUCUGAGCAGGGGGCAAAGAUCAAAGCCCUCUACGGAAUUCUGCCAACAAUCGAAAAUCUGACGCCCAUUCUGCCACCAUUGCUCGAUCGGCUGAGGUCCCUGAGAGCCAUUCACGCCGACGCCGCGACGGCGAGCCAGACAUUAGACCGGAUCGAAAAGCAGCAAACAAACAUGGCCGCGGAGCUGAAGCAGUGGAAGGAUGGUUUGGACAAGAUUCAAGGCGCCAUGAUAGACGGAGACUCGGUGGUCAAGGGCAACAUGAAGGUCAUGGAGGAAUGGGUCAAAGAGCUCGAGGAACGUAUGGUGAAGCUGACCUAA